AUGCAGUGCAAGAACAGAAAACAGUGGGAUAUCAAGGCAGCCUAUAAGCUCCUCUUCGAUGUGCGCCAUCUCACUCAGAGCCAGACGAUCUCUUCACCUGUCGCUGGACCAGUUCCCAGCAAGGCUUUACUUGUUUUUGUCACUUCUCGCCUGCUCAAGCUUCUGAUGUACUGGCUGUUGACAGAAUAUCUGUUCACUCCCCUAACACCAAUGAUCUUCGGCCCUGUCGAGCCUUGGGAGUUUGAUCAUUAUGCCCAAACCUACUUCCGACGACUACCUUUCUUCGAAACAAGGGAACCAGUCACUACACGCGAAACCCUUAUACGUGCUGUGUUUACCAUCCGCUGGAUCUGGCUUAAUUUCGUCGACGUUGAUGCCGCGCAUACGUUUCUCAGCAUUAUCUUCGUCGGCAUACUACGUCUUGAUACGCCCGAAGAGUGGCCACCUAUGUUUGGCAGCCCUCUCGAAGCUUACAAUCUCCGUCGAUACUGGGGCAGGUUCUGGCAUCGCUUGGUUUACAGACCUUACAUUGGCCUUGCAAGAGUGGUCUCGGAAAAGCUGCACUGCAAUCGCAUCGGCUCCAGGUUUGAGAAGUGCUUCCUUGCGUUCAUGAUCUUCUUGAUUUCAGGCGUGGCUCACGCCUUCGUAUCUCUGCACGAAGAAGAUCCUGCGGAAGCUUCAGAUGACAUUGCUUUCUACUGCAUGAACUUCCUUGUAGUUGCAAUAGAAGGGACGAUCCUUGGUACGGCAUCACCGCUGCGACGAUUCUUGCCUCCUUCGUGUUGGAAACUUAUAGGCUACGUCUGGGUCUUCAUGUUCUGGUUCUGGGCCGCGCCAAAGUGGGCUUAUCACGAGGUACAUGAGGAGCUCCUGAAAGAGGCCGAAAGGCGCAAUAGACCACAAGGACUCCAGAUGAUCACACGAUUGUUUGGGAUGAAUCAAUAUAUAGAGUAG